GCCUCUCUACAAUCUCAUCCACAGCUCACCUCAAGGAAAACCCACUAAAACAGAGAUGGGUCUCUCCACCAGUUUCCAUUUUUGGAUGUUUUCCUUCCUAUACUGAGUUACCCGAACUCGAAAAACCCUCUUCUUCAACUCUGAAGAUGGCAAUACAACGAUACGAAGAACAACAGAAUCACCCUUCGUUCCCGCUAGACACUCUCUACUGCGAAGAAGAGAAAUGGGACGAGAUCGAAAUCGAUGCAGUUGAAGAUUUGGAACAAGGGACUUCUUCUAUGGGCGUGAACCCUUCGUUUCUCCCACUUUUGGAGCAAGAUUUGUUCUGGGAAGACGAUAACCUUCUCGCACUCUUCUCUAAAGAAACAGAGCAGCAUCAGCAGUCUUGUUUCGACGUGGGGAUCGAUGAGUAUCAAGCAAGGGCUCGGUGUGAGGCCUUGGAGUGGAUGAUCAAAGUCAAUGCUCGCUACGGUUUCACCACUCACACGGCCGUACUUUCCAUCAACUAUCUCGAUAGGUUCUUAAGUAGCUUCGAGUUUCAAAGAGAUAAGCCUUGGAUGAUCCAACUCGUGGCCGUCACUUGUCUCUCUCUAGCUGCAAAAGCUGAAGAAACACAAGUUCCUCUCCUCCUAGACCUGCAAGUGGAGGAAACAAAGUACGUUUUCGAGGCCAAAACUGUACAAAGAAUGGAGCUUUUGGUACUCUCAACUCUAAAAUGGAAGAUGCACCCAAUUACACCUCUUUCAUUCCUCGAUCUCAUCGUAAGAAGACUGGGGUUGAAAACCCAUCUCCAUUGGGAGUUUCUCAGGAGAUGUGAGCGUCUCCUCCUAUCUGUAAUCUCUGAUUCAAGAUCUGUCCUUUAUCUUCCCUCUGUAAUUGCCACUGCAACAAUGAUGAACGUUAUAGACCAAGUUGAGCUUUUCAAUCCCAUUGACUACCAAAACCAGCUUCUCAGUGUUCUUAAAAUAAGCAAGGAAAAAGUAAACGAGUGUUACAAGCUCAUCCAAGGCAAUGCAUGUAAGAGGAAGGUGGCUCCUAGCAGUGGAGUGGUUGAUGGUGCAUUUGGCAGUGAUAGCUCGAACGACUCAUCGGCUGGGCCGCCGUUAAAGAAGAGCAGAGCCCGAGAACAAGUAAUGAAUUUGCCAUCACUCAACCGAGUCUUCGCAGACAUCGUUGGCAGCCCUUCUUAUUCUCCCUUGCUCCAAUAACGAUCUAUGUUUAUGCUUAUGUCAAAGGAGUCAAAUUUCAAGUUAAGAAAA